AUGAUCUCAUUGUCUAGCGAUCAUGCCGCCGCGAUCCGGUGGUGCUCCCUGUCGCGAAAUAUCGCCGAGGGAAGGCGCAUUGACGGGGCGAUCGUCAAGAGCGGCCAGAACGGGGAUUGUUUCCUGUGCAAUCUCCUCAUCCAGAUGUAUGGCCGAUGCGGCAGCGUCGACGAGGCGCGAUCGGUGUUCGAUCGAAUGCCGCGCAGGAACGAGUUCUCCUGGAGCAUCCUCCUCACGGUGUACGCGCAGAACGGCCGUGGCGCCGAGGCGCUGGAGCUCUUGGAUCGGAUGGAGGAGCGGCGGAUCCUUCCCCACAGGACGACGCUGGUGAGUGCCAUCAGCGCUUGCGCUAGCUCUGGCAAUCUCGCGCGGGGGCGCCAGCUCCACGCCGCGGCGAUCGCUCGGAGGCUGGACAGGGAGACCUUGGUAGCGAAUUCGCUCAUUGCGAUGUAUGGCAAGUGCCACAGCCUCGCCGAGGCCGAGCGGCUCUUCCACGGCCUAGAGCGCAAGGAUCCAGUGACUUGGAACACGAUGAUCGGGGCAUUCACUCACAACGGCCAGCCUCGACUAGCUGUGGAUCUUUACGCGAGAAUGGGCAGCGGCGAUCGCAACUCUGUCACCUUUCUCGGAGUUCUAGAGGCGUGCUCGGCUCUCGGGGAUCUGGAUCUGGGAAGAACAGUGGAUUCUAGCAUCGCCGGCUCGGAGUGGAGGGACGACGUCGUGGUUGGCACGGCGGUGGUGGGCAUGUAUGGGAGGUGCCGCUCGAUCGAAGACGCGAGGCAGAGAUUUGACUCCAUGCCCGUGAAGAAUGUGCUGGGAAGCCUCUCUCUCGGUAGAAGCAUCCAUCUGCGCGUCACUCGCGGUGGUGAUGGUGGUGGAACUCGUUUGGAGAAUGCGCUGAUAUCCAUGUACGGGAAGCUGGAGAACUUGGAGGAAUCGCUCCGUGUUUUCGAAGCGAUGGCAAACAAGGAUGUCGUAUCGUGGACUGCGAUGAUCACGGCUUAUGCGCAAAACGGGCGUGAGAGACUAGCGCUGGAGCUUUACAGGAGAAUGGAGCUCGAGAAGAGAGUGAGGCCGGACAGGGUGACUUACGCAGCGGUUCUCGGUGCUUGCUCGGGGCUGGGAGAUCUUUCGACGGGGAAAGAAAUCUACGCUAGAGUCUGCUCGAGUGACUUUGAUGUCGAUGCUGCCCUCAAAACGUCUCUUGUGGGACUCCAUGGGAAGUGCCACUGUUUGGAGGACGCCAAGGAGGUGUUUGAAAGUAUCUCUAGCAGGGACCGACUGGCUUACAAUGCCAUGCUAGCUGCAUAUGCCCAAAACGGGCAUCCCGACGACGCCUUGAAUCUCUACAGGCAGAUGGUUGAGGAGCUCAAAGACGACGUCGAUACAAUCACGUUCGUGACGAUCCUGGCUGUGUGCUCGGCCUCGAAUCUGCUAGAGCAAGGCAGAAGGAUUCAAGACGAUAUCGAGAGACUUGGCUACCAGCAAGACGAAGUUGUUGGUAGCGCGCUUAUAAGCCUCUAUGGGACUUGCAAGUGCCUGGAGGAAGCGAGGGCCGUGUUCCAGAGUUUUAGCACCCGUUCCAGCUCCAACGCGGUGGUGUGGAACGCGAUGAUAACCGCACUCUUUAACAAUUCUCACGAGGCCGAAGCAGUCGGACUCUUCCGUAAGAUGGAUUUGGAAGGAGUCGAGCCAACAGAUACGAGUUUUGCCGUAGCACUUAUGGCAUGCACCGCAUUGAAGGACUUGGUAACAGGAAAGUCUCUCCACGGAAGGAUUCAGGUUGCCGGGAUUAAGCUGGACGAGGUUCUGGCCACAACGCUGGUUGGAUUCUACGGAGAAGUCGGGAGCCUGGAAGAGGCCGAGAGGAUCUUCGAGCAAAUGCCAGUGAAGGACGUGUUCAGCUACUCGGCGAUGAUCGGGGCCUAUUCUCAGAACGGCUGUGAAGGGAGAGCAAUGACGAUCUACGCUGAGAUGGACCAGCAAGGCAUCAAACCCGACGAGGUGGCCUUCAUCAGCGUUCUAAGUGCCUGCUCCUCGAACUUAGCAACGGAAGUGCACACCGAGAUUCUUCACGCCGGUUUCGAGGCCGAUGGAGCUCUGGGGACGGCACUCGUGUGCAUGUACGCGAAGUCCGGCAACUUGGAAGAGUCGAGACGGAUCUUCGGGGCGAUGAAGAGCCGAGACUCGGUAUCCUGGACGGCGAUGAUCAGUGCUUUCGCUCGGCACGGCUGCGAGGCGAAGCUGCUGUUCCAGGGAAUGGCUCUGGACGGGAUCGACGCGAAAGGCUCCACUCUCACGAGCAUGCUCGUCUCCUAUAGCCAGUCGGGAGUGGACGCUGCUCGAGGCUUUUUCAUGGCGAUGCAGGGAGACUUUGGGACUUGCCCCGCGGCCGAGCACUACUCGUGCCUGGUGGAUCUCCUGGCAAGAAGCGGCAGAGUUGGCGAGGCCAAAGAGCUGGUUGACAGCAUGCCGCUCGAGCCCGACUUCGUGCCGUGGAUGACGCUGCUCGGCGCGUGCAAAACGCAUGGGGAUCUGGAGCAGGCCAAGAGCGCUGCUCGCGGCGUGCUGGAGGUGGAUUCCCACAGCCCUGGUGCUUAUCUGGUUUCGUCAACGCUAUGCUCUGGAUGGGCCAGAACCAGAGGGACAAAGUUGGAAACCCCAAAACUACCAUUUUAUUAUUCCGGAGGAUGA